UGGACCGAUCCGCAACUAGCUUGGAAUAGGAACAAAACUACGUACAGUCGAGAAUGGAUCAAAAUCCCAGAGACAAGCGUAUGGGUACCGGAUAUCAUCUAUACAGAAGCGACGGAGCGCGAUGAAAUGGUCCCAGUCGAUGAGAGAAUGGCGGAUUUACGAUACGAUGGUACAGUUCGAGUAUCAAAUCCUACAAUUGUCACCUAUCCCUGCCCGUUACAUAUCGACUCGUUUCCCUAUGACAUAAAUUUUUCUUCACAGCACAUAAGGGGAAACAGUGAGUGGGAGCUGCAUACCAUCCGAGUAUCCGGUAUCCAAAAAAUUACAGGUCAUAGAAAGUCAUUUGGAAACAAAGAAAUCUCUAGAAAUAUCACUUUUCAGAUACCGACAUUCAUCAUGACCACCUUGACCAUAUUUGGUAUAUUCACACCGUUUAGCAAUACUCCUGAACGUCGCGAAAAGGUGACCCUGGUACUGAACAUGUUCGUGUCGAUUUCAAUGAUGUUGAAUCUCGUCGCAGAGAUGAUGCCAAAAGCAUCUCGCCUCCCGUUGCUUGGUAACUACAUUUUGUCCGAGAUCUUUGUAUGCGCUGGAGCAUUACUGGUCUCAAUAGUGACGCUUGUGCUUCAUCAACGCUUUCAUACGCGUUGCUCAUUGAAACGGGAAGAGGCAUCGAUCGCCGCAAGUGUGGGAAAUGUGCCGAAAAACUCGAAUGGCAUUCCCUUUCAGUGGGCAACUAUCUAUCACAGCAAACUAACCAUAACGCACGUUGUGCGGCGAAACAACUCUCUAGAACUCGCCACUGACUUUGAACCGAUUGAGACCCUUUUGACAUACCCACAAGAAUGA